GCGUGUCAGUGUCAGACGAAAACGCCAUAUUCUUUUUCUUUCGCCGAAUGGAAAAAUUACUGACUUGUGUUUGUCCAAAAAUUCUUCAACAAAACGUUGAUUUUUGCAACUAUUCAGGUUUGCUAGUUAACGUAUACUAGCGCUGUUCAAAAUCACCAAUGGAUGAAUCCAUUCGAAUCAAGCGGGAAGCUGAGCUGCCCGACGUAAAACCGGACACUGCCGGUGAAUGUGAUUUCAGUGCGCCGAUGGCAGAAAGUAACCGGCUGGCUUCGGCAGCUGCUUCCUGCCACGGUGUUGGGUUGAAAGUGGAAGAGCCACUGCUGGCGCAGGUGGAGCAACAUUGUGAAGGAAUUUCUGGAGAAAGUGUUCCACCAGAGAGUACGGAAAUUGAUUUAAAAUUUGAAGCUGAGCUACCUGCUGUUAAGCCGAACAUUACUGAUAAAGAUGUUCCAAUGGUAACUGCCGAAGAGAACGAAGGCGAAUUCAGUGGAGGAAUGAAGGAAAGUGCACCAGAAUGCACACCAGCUGAUCCUGAUUCCAGCGACAAUUCCGCCGAGCAAAGCACCAUUCCAAACGGGAAAGCUGAUGACGAUGAUGAUGCUACCGGUGGUUCCGCCCUUCGACGAAACCAUUACAAAUGCGAAACCUGCGAGCGACAGUUCUCGAAAGUGUACAGCUUUAAGCGCCACCUGCGAACUCACACCGAAAAAGCACCCUUUCGCUGUGAUGAUUGCGGCAAAGAGUUCCAGCAGAAGUGUUUCUUCAGGCGCCACCUAGCCAGUCAUACGAACCCAGAUCAGCAACGGUUCGAGUGUGCUAUUUGUGGCAAAGAAUUUCCAAACAAUCCCUACUUGAUUAUUCACAUGAGAAUUCAUACCGGAGAGCGUCCGUACAAGUGUGAAGUAUGCGGUAGGGGUUUCAGCAGACGGAUGAGCCUCAAGUAUCACAGCGCGGUCCAUACGAGCGAGCAUAGUUUCAAGUGUGACGUUUGCGAUAAAGGAUUUUCCAACGGUGUUCAGUUCAAAAAACACCAGCAAACCCACAGCGACGAGCGUCCGCAUAAGUGCAACAUUUGCGCGAAAGCGUUCCGAAUGAAAUUUCUGCUGGUCAAUCACAUGCGCAUCCAUACCGGGGAACGGCCGUUCGAAUGCGAAAUGUGCGAAUCAUCCUUCAGCUCGGUGACCGGUCUGAUAAGCCAUCGGCGGAGCCACACCAAGGAAAAACCCUUCGAGUGCGAUAUUUGCGGAAAACAUUUCGCCGUCAAGGGUCGUCUCGAGAAACACCGUGCCGCCCAUUCCGGCGAAAGGAUCUACAAAUGUUUGCUAUGCGGAUUGCGGUUUCCCAACAGCGACGAGGUCCAACGUCAUCGGGUUUCGUUCCACGUCGAACGACCGUACGAAUGUUCCCGUUGUGAGAAAACUUUUCUAACGAAACGAAACCUGAGGCAGCACCUGAUCGUUCAUAAUGGCGAGAAACCGCAUCAGUGUGGAAUCUGCAACCGGCGCUUUUCCUGUACCGGGAAUCUUAGUCGGCAUGUGAAGUUGCACUCGCGGCUUACUUCCGAGCACGGUUGUGAACGAUGUGGGAUGGCGUUUUUCCGGAAGAAGGAGCUUAAUCAACAUCGAAAGGAGCAGCAUGGUGGCGAGGUAGCUGUUGGGGAGUACAUGUCCGAUGACGGAUCCGAGGCAAAUAACCGCAAUGAACAGCACAAGUGCAACAUUUGCGACGGGAGGUUUACGAAGAAAUCUUCCCUCAAACACCACAUGCGGCUCCAUACCGGUGGAGCAGCUCCGUACAGGUGCGAUGUAUGCGGUAAAGAUUAUUAUCUCAAGCACUCACUGCAAAGUCACCGUGCCUGUCACACGGGUGAACGACCAUUCAAGUGUGAAGUCUGUGGGAAAGCAUAUGCCGUGGUGUACCAUUAUAGAACACAUAUGCUGUCGCAUACUGACCAGUUCAAGUGCGAUGAAUGCGGUAAAUGCUACGAAGCACAGUACUUACUCGAUCGGCAUCAAAAGUCGCAGCACACAGGCGAGCGACCGCACAAGUGCGAAAUUUGCGGGAGAUCAUUUCUACUAGCGCACUACUUGGAACGACACGUGACCACACAUACGGGCGAGCAGCGUUACAGGUGCAACAUCUGCGGUAAAAGAUAUACCUCAAAAGACAAUCUGGAAGCUCACGUGAGGAGUCAUACCGGCGAACGUCCGUUCAAGUGUGACAAAUGUGACAAGACAUUCGCUAGACUCAAUACCUUCCGCGCGCAUAGCGCGGUUCACACCGACGAGCUUCCGUUCCAGUGUGACACCUGCGGGAAAAAGUUUGCCCUCAGUACGCAGUUCAAGCAGCACAUGGUAUCACACAGUGAUGCACGGCCACAUAAAUGUGACAUAUGUGAUUGGGGAUUUCCAACCAGGGGGCAGCUGGUUGGACAUUAUCGUACUCACUCGAGCGAUCGGGCGUACGAGUGUGAACUUUGCGGUGCAAAGUAUCGCUCGAGAACCGGCCUGGUGAAUCAUCGGAAAAAGCAUACUAACCCGAAGACGGAUGAUCCGUACAGGUGUGAUGUUUGCGGGACGCACUUCGCGCUGAAGAGUGCACUUACUCAUCAUAGGAGAGUGCAUUUCUAGUGACGACGGCAGCUAUCGGUAGAGAAGGAAUGCACGCCAAAGGAUAAAGCUAAGGGAAACAAGGCCAACAAAAAAGGAAAGGCUUCCCUCAAAUGCAACAUUUGCGGCCGGCAAUUUGAGAGGAAAAACCACUUCCAAAACCACAUGCGACUUCAUACAGACGGAGCCCC